AAGAUAAGAUGGAUUUAAGAAGACUGGAUGAUCUAGGAGAAGAUGAUGAUAGUUUGUACACAGACUCAAUACUCAGGGAAGACGAUUCAAUUCCUCUAGCAGAUGAAGAUGCAUCUGGAAGAGUUGAUGAUUCUAUGACUGAUAACAUACCUGAGGAUCUUAGAAAGGCAAAUGAAUGGCGUAAGAAGGUUGAUUUUGAAAGCCUAGAUUCCAUACCAUCAAUGCUCUCAGACAGAUCUGAUGGGAUAGGGGGACAUAUUUCGGAUCACAUGAACAGGAUGUGCCUGGACCCGGAUUUUUCUCCAGAUGAGCAGGAGGAGAAGGCAAGACUUAUUUCUCAGGUCCUAGAGCUCCAGAACACCCUGGAAGAUCUUACCAGCAGGGUGGACAGGGUUAAGGAGGAGAACCUUAAACUUAAGUCGGAGAACACUGUCCUGGGACAAUAUAUUGAGAAUUUGAUGCAGGCAAGUCAAGUUUUUCAAGCUGUGAGUCCAAAAUCACGGAGGAAGCAUAGACCUCCAAGUGGCAAUAUAAGCAGCGUUAUCAGAUGCACUGCUAAAGCAGUCAGAGGAGCGGUUGUUGGAGAACAAAAACAGAGUUAAAUCAAACUUAAAAUAUUUAUCUCCAUGUUUUUAAGCUUCCGCCUCCAUUGAUUUUCAACAUGCCUCAAGUUUCUGUCUCUUUAAAGAUAUUCCGAGUGUCAGCUUUACUUUUUCCACACUUAUGAUUUGUUUAACAAGGCCCAAUCUUAGAAAAGAGAAUAACGAUCCACAAUUCCUCAAAUUUCUAUACGUUUAAUGAUAAAUAUAUUUAUAAAUUAACAGAGAUGAAAUCUCCAUUACACUUGAUAAAUUGGAAAAAAAACCUUUUACAAACUGAUCUGUGUUGGCAUGUAAAAACACUGACCAGAUAAAAUAAACUUUUAAUGCCUAUAGAAUCCUUGCCUCUGCUCUGAAAUAUUUUCCAACCCUAAAUCUAAAGUUCACUGCUUUUACAAAUGUUUGACUUCAUUGUAUAAAUAUCGUGCAUAAUAAACUUUAGAAAUUA